AUGCACGACCGCGAAAACGCCGUCAAGAGUCCGGCGGUGCACUGCGAAUUCUCAUGGCGAUCCCACGCAGAUGGCCGAGGCGCUCAGGUAUUGCUGAACACCAUGACGCCAAACUCCCGCUUCCUUGGCCAGUGGCAGCGACUCUCAUUCGUCAUGAGCAUUGGGUACUUUGACGGCUCAUCUCCUGCCGCCAGAACUGUCGCAGAAGGAUCUGAAGUGCUGCUUCUGGAGUGCUACUAG